AUGGUCAAUCUCAAAUCCAUCUUUAAACGAGUCGGAUCAGCUACUUCAUUAUCCUCAUAUGGCAGUAAUAGCAGCAGUGACAGUAGUACAAGGUCAAGCUUGUGUUCCUUGAACCAGGAGGAUCUACCUUCAUUUGCACCUUACAAUCGACAGGAAGCAGACAUGUAUCGCCAUCGACGUCAAAUUGGAGUCAACCUCGGCUCCAUUUUUAUACUUGACAAACAACUAGCACUACCUAGUCUGUUAAGCUGCGUUGUCAGAGAUGAUUGGGAAUCAGAAUUAGACUUUCUAGAGGCAUGUAUGACGGAAGAGCAAGCUAGAGAAGCACUGGAGGAUCAUUGGAGCUCUGUUGUCAGUGAAAAAGAUUUCGAGUACCUGGCAUCCAUUGGCAUCAACAGUGUCCGAGUACCCAUUGGAUAUUGGAUAGUUGGUGCAUUUGCUAAUACACCAUUCAAAAAGUACGAAUAUGUGUAUCAAUCUGCCUGGAAAUGGCUUCUACGCUUGAUUUCAAAAGCUGCCAAACACAACAUUGGUGUCCUGGUAGAUCUACAUGGCGCACCAGGCGGUCAAAACAAUCAAUCACAUUCUGGAACAUCCACACACAAGACUCAGUUUUUCAAAAAUUCAAAUCAAGAGCUCACUUUGAUCAUAUUACGGAAGCUAGCCGUUCAAUUAGCGCCUAUCAAUAAUGUCAUUGGCCUGGACAUCUUGAAUGAGCCAUUGGAUGAAACAGUAUCUUUACAAAGCUUUUAUCUGUCAGCCUACAAAACUAUCCGACAAGCGACACCUGGUAUCUUACUGCCCAUUUAUCUGAGUGAUGCAUUCAAUUCAAAGCAAUAUGCUGAAUUUGUACAGCAUCAUUCACUUAAAUUUGUAGUGCUGGAUAUUCAUUAUCCAUUCAACAAGUCGAAAAGACCUCCAGCACGGAUGAACAACAGAAGAUCCUCUUUAGCUGCAUUCAAUCCAGCACCAUCGCAUCUAUCGUCUGCUGAAGCCAAACGACACUUAUCUCAUGCACAUCUCAAACAGAUCUCACAUCAAUUGCAUGGCAACUUGGUCAUUGGCGAAUGGUCCUCAUCAUUAGAGCAUGUGCAAGAUAUCAAAACGAUUCGUGAAUUCACUCAAUUUCAACUCGACAUCUACAAUGACAUUGAGAUAGGCCAUUACUUUUGGAACUAUCGCACAACCAGUGAUGGCGACUGUUCAAGUUUUGUCUAUUGCCACAAGACCCGCAUCUUGCCCGCGCGAUAUGGCACGUUGGGUGCUCUGUUAGCACAAGAGGCUUCAGAGCUGGCCAAAUCAAAAUACAACCGUUGUUUGUCAGCUGCAUCAACAGCAGCAGGGGAGAGGGAGGACCAAGACUUUAAGCAAGGGUUUAAAGCAGGAUUUGAACUGGCGUUGGUGUAUCUUGUAGAAUAUCAAGCACAAAUUGGGUUCAAGAGACAGCUGGCUCAUGGGCAUUCAAGAAAAAGACAUCCUAAUUAUGAAAAGGGGUUCACAAGUGCUCUGUAUAUGGUUGAUCAAGUUGCUUGUGAGUGCAUAGCAGAUACUAAUUAG